UUUUAAUGCAGAAAUUUUGAUUUUGGACUAAAACUUUAUUUUCACUAAUUUUCAUGAUUUUUUUAAUCCGAAAAUUAUUAUAUUAUUAUUAAUAUAUGUUAAGGACCAAUUUUGAAACAAUGAUUUGAUGAAAUUGAAGAUUUAUAGAUUUUUUAAAAUUAGGUAUUUAUUAAAUCCGAAAAUUCAAAUUAAUUUAAUUAAAUAUCCUUUAAAUGUCGUAAGGAAUGGUUAAGGGAAAAUGUCAGGUUUAGCAAUUAGACUUAGGAAAGUUGAUUUCUAUUGAUGUGACACGUUUACUUUAUAAACUUUUAGGUGGUGAUCAUUAAGGUGUGAAGUGAAAGACUUUGUCGAAGUGACGUACCGUAAUUGCUUUGAGGAGAGAAGUAAUGGCUGCACGACGACCUUAUACUUAUCGUCGUAGGGGACCUCAGGAGGAAGAAAGGUUCCAUUUAUUUUUAUGUUUUAAGUCUAAGUUUGAGUUUGUAACUGAGUAUGAACAGUAAGUGAAGUUUAUGUAAUGAUGUGUUGAAAGUUUUUAAUGAUCUUGAGACAAUUGAACUGGUUGGAACUAUCUGAGUUUAUUGUUGUUAGUGGGUUUUUCUUAUACUGGAUGAUGAUUAUGUUGUCUAAUUAAAGUUUUUAAUUAGAACUGUUUAUGUUUUAUUAUAGUUUUCUGUACGACCUUUUUUGCUCCCGCCCCGUUAACUCGGUCUAGCCGGGUCGGGUCGUGACAAGAGUGGUAUCAGAGCAAGCGUUUAAUACUGAUUAAUGAAAGAGCCUAUAGGAUGAUUGAUUGAGUCUUAGAAUGUGUAUGAAGUGUAAUUUUAUAAUUAUUUGUGACUUAUGAUUGAUGUGUUUUAUCUCAAAAGUAUAGACCCUGAGCAGAAUGCUACUGAUGGCAUUAAUAUGGAGGAAGGGAUGGAGCUACCAAAGGUAGCAGAACCUCGAAGAAACGACACUAUGGAGUCCUUCGCGCAGAUGAUGGAGGCGAUGACUCAGAUGAUUAAGACUUCCCAAAAUCAGGGCAGUGGCAGUGGAAGUGGAAGCAGGCCUAUGGAUAAGAACCUGAAGUUGUUUCAGGAUAUGAAGCCUCUACUAUUUUCAGGUGGCGGACCUAUAGAAGCAGAAGACUGGCUGAUGCGGAUUGAGAAGAUCCUGGAGGGCAUGUCUUGCCCUGAGGAAAGGAGGGUGACAUUGGCUGCUUAUGCAUUUGAUGGCGAGGCUGAGAGGUGGUGGAGUCAGUUAGAAGAAACAUUUGGAGGAAGACCAAGCAGCCAAGUCUACUGGGAGGAAUUUGUGAAGGUAUUCAGAGACUGGUAUGUACCUAAGUCAGCCAGGAGACAGAUGCAGGACAAGUUCAACAGAUUGGUUCAAGGAGACCGAUCUGUUUCUCAGUACGAGGCAGAGUUCACGAUGUUAUCCAUGUAUGCCACACACCUGAUACUUGAUGCUGAAGAGAAGUGCAACCGAUUCCUGAAUGGAUUGAAGGAUGUGAUUAGACAGCCUCUCAUUCCUUUUGGAAUUGAGGAUUACCCUACUUUUGUGGAAAGAGCCAGAAGGAUUGAGAUGGAUAUGCUGGCAACUCAGAAGAGGAGGGAUUUUUAGAAAAGGAAGAUGGAAGGCAGGUCAAACCCUUCCCAGAUGACCAGUCUUCUCAGUCAGGAGCUUCUACUUGGAAGAAGCCCAGAUCCAGUGGUUCUGAUAGCAGUGCUUCAACUGCUACAUUGUGCAGUAAAUGUGGGGGAGUGCAUAAGGGAGAGUGCCUCUCAGGCACUAAUACUUGUUACUGGUGCCAUCAGCCUGGGCACAUGGCGAAAUCUUGUCUUCUUUUGGGUCAGCGAUCUACUACAGAUGUGAGGUCAGGCAAUAAUGCUCAGAGAACAGCUGGUAGACCAAGAGCUGUGGAGUUUACAGCUUCUGUUCCUUCUCAAGGUCAGACUCGUCAGAAUGUUCAGCCACGAGUCUAUAGACUGUCCCAGCAAGAAGCUAAGGGGUCUCCUGAUGUGGUUACAGGUGAGUAGUUUAAUUAAUUACAAUGAAUUUUUUUUUUAUGAAAUUGAAAUGAACAAUGAAUGAAAAUGAAAUGAACCAAUCAAUGAAUAAUAUGUUUUGUAAAUGAAUGUUGCACUUUGCAUUGCAUAUAAAUCCAUGGUUUCUCUUAAAACCAUGGUGAGGAAUAUACAAGUGAUGAGUAAAGGAUAUUUGGUGGAGUUGCACAGUUUGGAGGGAGCUAGAGUGGAGAGAGGGGGCAAACCCCUCUCCAUACUACCAUUAAUUCAGCGAUUUCAGGAGUUGUUUCAGUCGCCUCAAGGAAUUCCACCACUGAGGGAACAGAAGCACGCCAUCGCCUUGAGGGAAUGUGUGUCACCCAUC